AUGCCACGCGGAACAAAGUCUGAGAAUUUAUUGUUUGAUUCUGAGAUUGAAAGGACAGCCCGUAGAAAUAAUAGUAGGCGUAGAAGAGAAAAUCGAAAAAAGGAAGCUAGAGAAUCCAGCUUAUCCUCAAACGCUUGUUUUUCAUCUGACCAAGAGGGUAAAAAGAUGGAGGAAAAUGGGGAAAAUGAACAAAGAAGGCGUACGUUGGAAGAUUAUGCUUCAGUUACUGUACCUAUAUCUUUCAACAGUAUAGCCAAACCUGUGAUAAUUGCGGCUAACAUGGAAAUGAAGCCAGCAUUGAUACACCUUGUUCAGAGUAAUCAGUUUUCAGGAUUGUCACACGAAAAUCCCUACGAUCAUCUGACAACUUUUAAUGAAUAUUGCAACACUGUUAAAAUGUUGAAUGUGUCAGAGGAGGCAAUCAGACUUAGUCUUUUUCCAUUUUCCUUGGCAGGAAAUGCCAAGAAAUGGUUAAAUUCUUUUCCUGAGGGAAGUCUGACAGGUUGGGAUGACGUUGUGUCAAAGUUUUUGCAGAAGUAUUUCCCUCAAUCAAAAAUAAACAAAGGCAAGCAAGAGAUAUCCUCUUUCCAACAGGAACCUGAGGAGACUUUGAGUCAGACAUGGGAUAGAUUUAAGGGAUUGUUAAGAAAGACUCCCAUACAUGGAUUUGAUGUCCCCACUCAAUUGAACCUGUUCUUAGGAGGUUUAAAAUCUCACACAAAAUUGAUGCUAGAUGCCUCAGCAGGAGGUAACAUUAGGUGGAAGACACCUGAUGAAGCUCAUGAAAUUAUUGAAAAUAUGGCAUCUAGUGACAAUGAUGUUCAAAGUGAGAGAGGACAAAAUCAAAAGAAGGGAAUGUUUGAGUUGCAAUCCCAAGAUGCCUUAUUAGCCCAAAAUAAAAUUAUGACUCAACAGCUUGAGUCUCUGAUGAAAAAGGUAUCACAACUACAAAUCCAAAAUGUAUCACAGGCACAACAUACUGUGCAAGGGUGUGAACUGUGUGGUGGAGAGCACCAAAAUGGACAGUGUGCUAUUCAGUCUAAUGCUAAGGAAGAGGUAAAUUACAUGGGUAAUCAAGGCCGUCCAGGCAAUUAUGGAAAUUAUAAUCAAGGAUGGAGACCUCAUCCUAGCAUGGGUCAGGCUAGUUCUAGUAGACCACCACAACAACAGUUUCAACAACAACCUACUCUUUCUGAUAGGACAUCUAAACUUGAAGAAACUCUACAACAAUUCAUGCAAGUAUCCAUCUCCAAUCAAAAGAGUACUGAAGCUUCUAUUAGAAACUUGGAGACACAAGUGAGUCAACUUGCAAAGAAGCUGGAUGAGACAUCUGAAAAGAAAUUUGUGGCUAAGAAUGAAGUUCACUCCAGGGAGGAAUGUAAUGUCAUAAUAACCAGAAGUGGAAAAGAAGUGGGGUUUGAUUCCAAGGAGAAGCCGACAAAUAAAGAGAUUCAAGUACACAAAGAGGAGGAUCAAAAGAAGGUGAUUGAAGAAGAAGAAAGUAGAAACAGGAAGGAAGAUGGAAGACAAAAAGAGAAAGUGUUGGUGAAGCAACUUCCUUAUCCUAAAAAUACUUCACAGAAGGAUAAGGAAAGACAAAUGGAUCGAUUCAAGAAGAUAUUUAAUCAACUUGAGAUUACUUUGCCCUUGACUGAAGCACUGCAACAAAUUCCUGCUUAUGCAAAAUAUGUGAAGCAAUUCCUCAGUAAAAAGAAGAAGUAUUUAGAUGAGGAAACAAUUGAAGUGCAAGGAAAUUGCAGUGCAAUUAUGCAGAAAUCUCUACCUCCAAAAGUCAAAGAUCCAGGGAGUUUCACGAUUCCUUGCACCAUUGGAAAUCAUGAUAUAGGGAAGGCUCUUGUUGACUUAGGUGCUAGCAUUAAUUUGAUGCCCCUAUCUAUGCUCAAAAAGAUUGGUGACCUUGAAGUCAAGUCAACAAAAAUGAUCUUGCAAAUGGCAGAUAGGUCCAUUAAGCAUCCUUACGGUGUAGUGGAAGAUGUGGUGAUUACAGUUGAUAAACUAAAAUUCCCUGUUGAUUUUGUAGUAAUGGAAAUGGAGGAAGAUGUGAAGCAAAAUGAAGAGGAAAAGACUAGUUCCAAAGUAAAAGAUGAAGUUUUAGCAAUUACUAGUCUUCCAAGGCAAGUUGCCAAGUUGGCCAAAAAGAAUCUUAAUUGUUUCAAUCCAAAAGUGAAGGAAAGAGAUGAAGAUAAGGAGAAGCAAAGAGUUCACCAACAAAUUGAAGUGAAAAGUGAUGAACUCAAACCUGGAAUACCUGUGAAUCUUAAGAACGGGUUAUGGGUCAUCAAGGACAUAAAGGCAAAUGGAGUACUCGAAAUUGAGGCUCCAUAUUCAAGAAGAAUUAAGUUGGUGACAGGAAAGUUACUCAGAAAAUGUUGGUGUCAUGAAAGGAAAAAGAACACUAACAUCAAGAAUCCAACUUAA